AUGACAGUUGAUUAUUCGUUAUAUUUGGUGACAGACUCCACCAUGAUCCCCGAGUCAUCCACAUUCUUAAGACAAGUGGAAUUGGCUAUAGCUAACGGAGCAACCAUAGUUCAGUUACGUGAAAAGAAGUUAUCCACAUUAGAUUUUAUCACUCGAGCCCAGCAAGUGCACGCCUUGACUAAGGCAAAAGGCAUCCCUUUGAUCAUCAAUGACCGUGUUGAUGUCGCGCUUGCCAUUGAUGCCGAGGGUGUCCAUGUUGGCCAAGACGAUAUGCCAGCCGAACUUGUCCGGAGGUUAAUCGGGGAAAACAAAAUAUUGGGUGUUACAUGCUCGGUUCCGGAAGAGGUGGAAGCAGUUACUGCCAGUGGGAUUGCGGAUUAUGUUGGAUUAGGUACUGUUUACGCAACAAAUACCAAGAAGGACGUUACUGAUCCAGAAGGUACUGGCCCUAUUGGUAUUCGUAAGAUGCUCCAAGUGCUAGGUAGAUAUAACCAACUGCACGAGAAGAAGAUCAAUAGUGUUGCAAUUGGUGGGAUUAAUCAUACCAAUGCAGAUAAAGUGAUGUAUGAAUGUGCUGUUGACGGAGAGAGAAUUGACGGUGUCGCCGUAGUGUCUUGUAUUAUGGCCAGUGAAAAUGCUGGAAAAGCCACCAGCGAUUUAUUAAAGAUCAUCGAGACUACACCAAAUUGGGCUUCUCGUAGUUGUAUCCAAGAGGCAGAUAUCGGUAAGUUUGUUGCUCAAACGCAUCCGUUAGUGCAUCAUAUCACCAACAACGUUGUCAAGAAUUUCAGUGCUAAUGUUACGUUGGCCCUUGGAGCAUCGCCAAUAAUGUCUGAAUUAGCAGCAGAAUUCCACGAAUUUGCCUCGGAUAUUCCUAUGAUUGCGUUAGUAUUGAAUUUGGGUACACCCACCCCAGAGCUUAUGUCUGUAUUUAAAACUGCUAUUCAAGUAUACAACAAGUAUGCAAAGCAUAUUGUGUUUGAUCCAGUGGCUUGUGGUGCUACCCAGGCUAGAUUACAAGCAAGCAAAAAGUUGUUGAAUAGCGGUCAUGUUUCGGUUAUCAAGGGAAAUCUUGGUGAAAUUCAGGGUAUUUGGAAGUUGACUAGUACCUACAGCGAAUCCUCCAAUAGUGGUUCACUCAUGAGAGGCGUAGACUCGAUUGCUAAAUUAACCGAGGAAAAGAUCAUACAAAUUGGUAAAGAAGUUUCUAAAGAUUUCAAGACAGUUGUAGUAAUUACUGGUAAGGUCAACUAUAUUAUUGACGGAGAUAAGUAUACUAAAUCCGAAGGAGGAAGUGAAUUAAUGGGUUUAGUUACUGGCUCAGGAUGUUCGUUAGGAAGUACAAUUGCUGCAUUUUUAGCCACUGGAGCAGAUGUCUACUUGAGUGCUGUGGAUGCAGUAAACCUUUAUAACGAAGCAGGUAGACGUGCCGCUGGUUAUUCUUCCACUCCUGGAUCAUUUAUGAUUUCCUUUGUAGAUGAAUUGUAUAAACUUACACACUAA